AUGUGCGGCAUCGUCGCCGUCCUGCGCUCGCUGCUGCCCGAGGCCGAGCUCCGCCGAGCUGCGCUCGCCGCCGGCAAGUGCAUCCAGCACCGCGGCCCCGACUGGAAUGGCGUGCGCGUGUUCGCCGACCGCGGCGUGGCGCUCGAGCACGAGCGUCUGGCGAUCAUCGACCCCGAGUCGGGCGCCCAGCCGCUCUACAGCAGCGACGAGCAGCGCAACGUCACGGUCUGCGUGAACGGCGAGAUCUACAACUACCGCGAGCUCGCAGAGGGCCUCCGCACGCCGUACGCGUUCCGCACCAAGUCGGACUGCGAGAUCCUCAUCGCGCUCUAUCUCGAACAGGGCGUCUCGUUUGUCCCGCAGCUGCGCGGCAUGUUUAGCUUUGUGCUCUAUGACUACGAGAAGGACGUGUUCAUGGCCGUGCGAGACCACAUGGGCAUCACGCCGUUGUAUUACGGCUACGGGGCCGAUGGGAGUAUCUGGUUUGCGUCCGAGAUGAAGGCGCUAGAGGAGGAGUGCGUGCGCUUUGAGGUCUUUCCACCGGGUCACUUGUUUACGAACGACACGGAAACGUGCACACAAUGGUACAAACCCAACUGGUACGACGCUGGCCACAUUGGCACGACGCCACUAGAUCUGGACGUGCUGCGAGACGCGUUCGAGGCGUCAGUCAAGCGUCGCAUGAUGUCGGAUGUGCCGUGGGGCGUGCUGCUGUCGGGUGGAUUGGAUUCGUCGCUUGUAGCGUCGAUUGCUGUGCGGGAGAAGCAGAAGCUCGUGGUCCAAGGCGGCGAGUGGAUCAACAAGAUCCACUCGUUCACGAUCGGUCUCGAGAACUCACCUGACCUGAAAGCUGCCAAGGAAGUUGCCGACUUUCUUGGCACGGUCCACCACUCGUACACGUACACGAUUGAGGAAGGAAUUGACGCUGUCUCGGAGGUCAUUAAGCACCUGGAGACAUACGAUGUGACCACGAUCCGAGCCUCGACUCCCAUGUUCCUCAUGUCACGCAAGAUCAAAGCCAUGGGCAUCAAGAUGGUCUUGUCGGGUGAAGGUGCCGACGAGGUGUUCGGUGGCUACCUGUACUUCCACAAGGCCCCGAACGCUGAAGCUUUUCACAAGGAAACGGUGGCGAAGUUACGAUCGCUGCAUCAGUACGACUGUCUGCGUGCGAACAAGUCGACGAGUGCGUGGGGACUCGAGGCCCGCGUGCCGUUCCUGGACGCUGACUUUCUCGACAUCGCCAUGAACAUCGACUCGCGGGAGAAGAUGAUCGAUGCGAAGGCCAACAAGUAUGAAAAGUACAUUAUCCGCAAGGCGUUUGACGACAAGGAACACCCGUAUUUGCCGGACCAUAUCUUGUGGCGACAGAAAGAGCAGUUCUCGGACGGCGUUGGCUACGGAUGGAUCGACUCGCUCAAGGCAUUGGCCGAGCAGAAAGUCACGGAGCGCCAGAUGAAGCACGCCGAGCGCCUGUUCCCGUACAACACGCCGCAGUCCAAGGAAGCCUACUUCUACCGCAGUAUCUUCCAGCACCACUUCCAUCGCGAAGUGGCUGCCCAAACUGUGCCCGGUGGACCCAGUAUUGCCUGUAGCACCCCGGCGGCGAUCGAGUGGGACGCUGCGUUCAAGAACGCCGCUGACCCGUCCGGCCGUGCCAUUGCCGGCGUGCACGUGGAUGCCUACACCGCGUAA